AUGGCGUCACGUCCAAAGAGACUUAAAGUAAAUGACGAUACGGUACGUCAAUUAUUAGACACUGAUGAUAGUGGGAGUUCAUUUAGUGAUUUCGAUGACACAGAUGAAGACCAAACCUACAACCCAAUUAUAACUUCUGAUUCAGAUGAACAAAGUGAAACCAGCGAUACCGAACAUUUACAAGAAACAAUAUUACCGGUUUCAAAUCCUGGUGUUCAAAUUUGGUCCAAUGUAACAGGUAAUAAUCAAAAACAGCUCGUUUUUAAUGGUUUUCCGGGAUUAAAAAUUAAUAUAUCAGCUAAUGCCACUGUUUGGGACUGUUUUAAUUUAUUUUUCACUGAUGACAUUAUUGAACUUAUUGUUAUUGAAACGAACAGAAACGCAGAACAGUUUUUAUCAAAUAAUAGAAUUUCCAAGUCUAGCAGGUUUACAAAAUGGGUUCCUACAGAUUCAAAAGAGAUUAAAUUAUUUUCGGGUUUAUUAAUAUGGAUGGGACUCGUUGAAAUGCCAAAUUUAGGUAAUUACUGGAGCACCAAACAUAGAUAUAAAAACUAUGUGGCACAAAAAACAAUGUCUAGAAAUCGCUUCGAAUUACUUCUAAGAUUUUGGCACUUUUCAGACAAUAAAAAAGCCCCUGAAGGUGAUCGUAUUUAUAAAAUACGUAAUAUAAUUGAUGAAAUUGUAAACCGUUUUCAAAAUGUAAUGGAACCAGGCGAGGUAUUGGCCGUCGAUGAGACAAUGGUACCUUUUCGUGGCAGAUUAUUAUUUAGACAAUAUAUACCGGGAAAAGCUCAUAAGUACGGUGUAAAAUUGUUUAAACUUUGCGGAACUAAUGGUUAUACUCAGUGGCGUGGCGAACUUCAUCAAGUUAUGAGGCACAAGUUAUAUUGUCAGACCCACCACCCAUCCCAAAAAACAUUACAAAAAAUUUUUUACGAUAAAAUAUAUUUAUUCAUUUAA